UUUUUAUUUUUGUUUGUUUUUAAAUAUAUACUACUAUAUGAAUGAUGAUUUCUUAGUAUAUGUAAUAUACAAAUAAUAUAACUAAAGUAAUAAAGAAUCUCAGAUAAAUCGGCUAAAAUAAUACAAUUGAUUAGACAUCAUUUUGUUAUUAAAAUUUUAUUAAACCAUUAAAAAGGAAUUCAGGAAAAAAAACAAUACGACCAAAAACAGAGUUUGGUUUAAAUAAAUAAAUAAUAAAAUAAACAACUAACUAAAUGAAUAAAUUAAAGCUUAUUUAUUUAUUUUUUUGUAAGAAAAAAAAAAAAAAAAAAGAUUGGUUUUAAAUUAUUAAUAAUAAUAAUAAUAAUAAAUGCAUAAUAAAUAAAUACAUAUUAUUUCAUAGGGUCCUAAACAGUUCUGUGUGAAAGCUGUGGUGUGUUUGUUGGAAGCAGCUCUUUCCUGAGUGUGAGGAAGUGGUGGGCUGUUCAGAUCAGACCCCCUCCGAACACUCGAUCCCCUCUUCACAAUAUACAGAGGGCGGGUCACAGGAAGAGAGGAAAUGACUCAAUCCCAUUGAAAACUCUACUGUUACCAUAUGUUCUGCCAUGAGUGUGCACAUUUUUUCAAUAAGACACAUUAAUAUUAAAGCGCAUAUGUCCAGCUUCUCUGAGACCGGCAGCACAUUCACCGUUCUCUGCUUUCCUUUCCUUUUUUCAUCCAUCUUCCACCUCUCUCUCCCACACGGCUCCAUCUUUUAUUAAUCAGUCUUUCCUCUGCACCCCAGAGUGCUCCAUACGUCUCACAGUCGAGGCUCCUUUGAGAUUCAAGUGGCCCUUCCGCAUAAAAGACGCCGCUUCAAAAGACUGAAUACACAAUGCAGCGGCCGCUCACGUGGAGGCCGUUUCUGAACCAGGUUUCACUGUCACGGGUUUGUUGGAUUUCACAAAUCUCAGCGCGCAUGUUGCAGCUGACACCUGAACACUGCAGUAAGAAAUAAUGAUGGUGUGCUUUCAGAUUGGCCGUGAACUCGGGGUUCCUGGUCAGGGUGUGUGCCCGUUGCUCUUUCCUCUGAUGACAUCGUGCGUGCGUGCGUGUGUGUGUGUUAGUCGCUGCAAGUUCAGGGUGGGAAUUUGUGGGAAAACUGAGCAGAAGGGAAGUUUCAAGUCUAUGUAUUUAUGAUGACGAAACCAAAAAUAAAGAAAAUAAAAAUAUUGUACAUUUUCUAAAUAUUACUAUAUUAUCUGCCUGAAGAUCUGGUUUGUACAGUAAAGUAUAAAAUAAAAUAAAUUCAUUCAUAAAUAUUACUAUAUUAUAAGAUCAGUAUGGGAAAACUGAGGAAGGAAGUCUCUGUGUUGAUGACGAAUUGGUGGCAGACCAGCAAAUAUAAUAAGUAUAUUGUAGUAUAAUAUACUGUAAAAUUAAAUAAAAACUAAUGGUGGAGUAAGUAAGGGUUGUAGACUGUCCUUGGAUCCCACAAUCACUAGGUCUGCCCCCUAGUGUUGGCAUAAUGGCAAAUGACUAUUUUUACAAUAUUUAUGCUGUGCAUAUUAUAGACAUUUUCAUUAUGAAAUGACGAUUAAAAUGCAUCAAACCUUUUUUUCCUACAAAAAAGUAUGGUGGGGUGACAGUAUCAGAUAUUAGUUAUAUUAGAUCAAAUGUUUAGAAAAGUUGAAGUACUAAAAUAACUAAAACUGAAAAAAAAAAAAAAGAUAGUGAAAAAUUAAAGCUAAAAAUGACAAUCACAAAAUCAUUAAAGCUUAAAUUAAAAUCAGAAUGAACACUGAAAAUAUGGAAGGUAAUUCAAAAAUAUAAUAAAUACUGUCAUAGUAUAUAAAUUAUACAUAAAUUACACUGUUCUCAACAGUCAGAAUUUUGCUACUUCUAAUUGUAAUUCAUAUUCAUAUAUCUCUGUACGCUUCAACCACUCCGUGUUGUGGCUCACCUGACUAAAUGUUUCCCAUCAUUCUGUCAGAAAUACACAAUUCUUUUUUGGGUUGUUCUAGUAAUACUAGAAUAGCAACUGAAGCCUCAGUCUUGAAUAAUAAAUGGUCUUUUUCUUUCUCUCCUCAGAGCUCAACAUGGAGUACAAUCCUUCGGACCACCCGCGCGCCAGCACCAUCUUUCUCAGCAAGUCUCAGACAGACGUUCUUUUACCCAACAAGAAAGUUCGAGAAAAACGGAAAAGUCUGUACGUCAACCAUUUAACACACAUUGCGGAGUCAAAGCAACAUCCAUCUGGCCCAAUGAGACGCAAAUACAGCUCCUGUUCAACGAUCUUCCUGGACGACAGCACCGUUAGCCAACCCAACCUCAAAUACACCAUUAAAUGUGUUUCCCUCGCAAUAUACUACCACAUAAAGAACAGAAAUGUGGACGGGCGAAUGCUGUUAGACAUUUUUGAUGAAAAACUUCAUCCACUUUCAAAAUCGGAGUUGCCGUCAGACUACGACAAGCACGACCCAGAACAGAAACAGAUCUACAGAUUCGUCCGUACGCUCUUCAGUGCCGCCCAGCUCACGGCUGAGUGUGCCAUAGUUACUCUGGUGUAUCUGGAGAGAUUAUUAACAUAUGCAGAGAUUGACAUUUGUCCUGCUAACUGGAAGAGGAUUGUUUUGGGUGCUAUCCUGUUGGCAUCAAAAGUGUGGGAUGAUCAGGCCGUAUGGAAUGUUGACUACUGCCAGAUCCUCAAAGACAUCACCGUGGAAGACAUGAAUGAGUUGGAGCGACAAUUUCUGGAGUUGCUGCAGUUCAAUAUUAACGUUCCAUCAAGCGUCUAUGCCAAGUACUAUUUUGACUUGCGUUCGCUUUCAGAGGCGAACAACCUCAGCUUUCCACUUGAGCCUCUCAGCAGAGACAAGGCCCAGAAACUUGAGGCGAUCUCCAGGCUUUGUGACGACAAAUAUAAAGACUUGAGAAAAGCAGCCAAGAAGCGCUCAGUGAGCGCAGAUAAUCUGGCAGUGGUCAGAUGGUCGCCGGCCAUCAUAUCCUAAUAACAGUGGACAUUGGGAACUUUCACGAGAGACUGAGAGAAAAAGACUGUCAGAAGAAGCGUUCUCUAAGAGGACACAUACGUGCUUAGUACCUCCACAAGACUCUUGAGCCAGAGGUUUUUGUUCUAAAGGGUGUCCUUGCUGGUCGUACGGCUGCUGUAUAUACAAGACACCCACACAAAGAUCACUUUCCAACCUGUGGCUUAGAGAAGAGAGGAUGACACUGCUACUGCAGUUAAGAAAAAAAACUGGAGUAUGUGAAUAUGAAAGAGGAAGAAAGACGCCUAAUGACUGGAACAGCAUUCCAACAGCUCUGUGUCAUACGUGUUUGCCAUUCUAGGUGAGGAAGUAUUCGUACUGUGUUAAUUGAUCUUGUAUGGUUAGAAAAUUUCCACCUGGAUGCUCAAGGAUGUGUCGUAUCAAGAUCAAGAGCCAAAAUCAACCACUUCAAGAUAUUCCCUAGUUAUUCCUCCAUUGCUUAAAGUAUUUCUUUCCAAAUGGCUAUGAGCUGAUCAAACUAAAAAAAUACCACUGUUCUUACAUACAUUUAUGUAACUUUUUAUCACAUUAAGAUUUAUUUUAAAUUAAAAACAUCCUUAAUGGCGGUUACAAUUAUUCUAACAAUGCAAAUUAAUGGGAAAAUAUACAAUAUGGACCUCUUUUUUUUUUUUAGUCUGAUUAUUUUAUUGUUUGUUUGUUUUUUGUUUUUCUUCAAUUUGUAAUACCCGAUGAAUGCAGUUUGCAACAUUUAGUCUUAUUAUAUAAGAGUAAAGGAAGCUGACUUUGUAUUUUCAAAAGGAAAGUGUUGCGCAGGGUUUCCAUAUGAAGUUUCUGGGACUUUCCUUUUGAAACACAAGAUUUAAUAAUUGAAUGCAUUGAAAUAAUAAGUUUCAAUUGAAAAUGUACAAUGUCAAAAUGGACUGAAAUUGGAAGUUUUAAUACUGAAAGCAAAGGUUUUUCUUCUGCAGAGCCAACAAUGACAUUCCAUCAUCAAUGACCAUGAACGUGUAUUUUCUUGUCGCCGUUUUUUUUUUUUUAUAACCUCAACAAACGCCAUAUAUACACAUACUGUGUCACUCAUUUCCAGUUCUCAAAGCAAUACACUCUGUGUUCUAUCUAUUCCAUACAAUACCUGCUGGGAAGAUUAGAGCUGAUAUUUGAAAGGCUUCUGGGGAACUUUCAGAUAACAUUGAGUUAAAAUUGGUGUCUUGAAGUCAAAAUACUUGUUAUUAAAGGUGAGGCUCCUAGUGCCACUGCGAUACAAAUGUUUGGACUGAUUGCAGUGUUUUAUUUAUCAAUUACGAUGCGUCAAACCAGAGACUGAAUUGAAUUGGCGAGAAAGAGGAAUUCCUGCUGUAUCCACUGCCAUCACCUGCGGUGCCUGCGUUUAGCGGGGAAAAUGGCCUUAGAUGUAGAAUAUGAAAUUAACCAUUUUAUCAUCCCUUCUCAUUAAGACAGCAAAAUAUGUUUUUAGCGGUGCUGUCAAACGAUUAAUUGCAUCCAAAAAUAAGCUUUUGUUUGCAUACUAUAUAAAUAAAAACACACACAUACAGUAUAUUUAAAAAAUAUGUACAUGUCUAUAUUUCUAUUCAUAUAAUUUAUAUUAUAAAUAAAUUUAAUAUAUAAAAAUAAAAUUUCUCUGAAAUAUAUACAUGCAUGUGUGUGUAUUUAUAUAUGCAUACAAAAAUACAGUACACAUACAUAUAUUAUGUAAACGGAUGCGAUUAAUCUUUUGACAACACUCAUUUUUAGACAGCAGAAUUAGUUUUAAAAUCAGUUCUUCCCAAAUCAAAGCAAGUGUUGAAUUAUGCCAUCAGAUGUAUGUGAAAAUUAUUCGUUGUUAUCUGUUCAUUUUCAUUUGCGAGACUUCACUCAGAAACACCUUGAAAAUUAGAACUUCCAAAAAUAUAUUUUGUAUAUUGUACAUAAACAUACUUAAAAAAAUAAUAAUAAUUAUGAUCUUCAGAUAUUUAUGCGAGACCAGUAUUUACUUUGGUUAAUUCCUGAAUUAGUGACAAUUAUGGAUUUAAAAAAAUUGAAAAAUAUAAAUAUGUCAGUUGUUUUAUCAGGAAUAAGUAAAUCUUCUGGAAUCCGACACCGUUUCUAGGCACUGUCAUUGAGGUGUUUUUUUUUUUUUUCUUUAGUCGUAAUCCUCUGUCCUCAAUUGAAUUCCCAGUUGAGUAUAACCUUUUUUCUGCAUCACAAAAGUGGCAAAGCAAUUUAACAAUGUUUUGUUGACAUGAAUGUAGUUCUGCAAUAGCUUUUUUUCUCUCCCAUCUUAGCAGCAAUGAAAACAGCAUUUUUUUUCCAUCCCCUUAGUAACUGCUUCAGAUGACAUCAAAAUGGCCAUUAUUUUCAAGCAGUACAGGAUGUGCUUAUUCUUACAUUAUAUAUUUUUUUCUAGGUAUUUGAUCUCCAAUGCCCAAAAGCGUCUUAACAUUUUUACUUAAAAAAAAAAAAAAAAAAAAGAA